CUUCAAGCUCUCAACCCCGUCAAAAACUGAAGCGAGAGUUGGACUACGCUAUUCGUCAGUACAUCGCAGAUCAAGAUUUUUGACCGCUCCGAUGUCGAACUCUCCAUUUUUCAAGACCUUGCCAACCGAAGUCCGCGAUAUCAUCUACGACUACCUCUGGAGCGAUACAAAGACCGUGGUCCAGCGGUAUGAUACCAAAGACUACAAAGUAACUUACGAUAGGAGGCACGACUCGCUUGAAGCACCACCUGGUAGUGACAAAGUCCCAUGGCUCCUUACCAACAAGCAAAUUAUGCGCGAAGGAACUCGGCAACUACACCAGAAGUCAACCUGGCAUCUGGAUACUCGAUUGCUGAACGGAAACGUCCAAAGUUAUAUCUUCGAUCCCAUCACCCCAUCCGAAUGCCACACGCACGAGAUCUUCAUCCAAUGCGACUGGCCGAUGAUCUUCGAUGACCAGAAGCGAGUCUACCGGCUCAGCGAAGUAGCACGGGCUGAGAUCAAUGCAAGCGCCGCGACAGCUAAUGUAUCGACUCCACUAGACACUGUUUGCAUCAAAAUCGUCCGUCCAACCAAUGAACGGCUCGCCGCAAACAGCGCGCCAGACUUUACCUUCGAUCUAUCUCAUCUCGAGAUUCUGUCCCGCCACACCGAGCUUCGUCGUCUCCAGCUUCAUCUCGUUGGUGGUAUUGAUGAUACUAAAAAGCUUGUAUCGAAUUGGAGUUUGGAAGGGGAGACUGACAGCGCAGAUAGAGCUAGGCGUCUGGAAGAUCAGUACUUAGAUGCUUGGAAGAAAGAGAUCUCACUUGUGGCUCAGCUGGUGAUUCUCCGGAGCAAGCGGAGUGGAUAUAUGAGGGAGUUUACCUGGGGGAACGAUGGUGAGCGUUGUCUGGAGUGGGUGUGGACGUUCGAGAAACAAGGAUCAAGCCUUUGA